AUGCUCUCUGCAGGUCCACCACCAACUCGCAAAAACAAGAGGCCAAUUCUGCAGGCGUUGCGUGAUCCUAUGCAAAUUGUACAGCGUGAAAUUGCCAUUCUCAAAAAGCUCAAUCAUCCAAAUAUUGUUAAGCUUGUUGAGGUACUGGACGAUCCAACUGAUAAGUAUCUUUAUAUGGUUUUCGAGCUGCUUGAAAGUGGGCCUGUUCUUGAUAUUCCUACGGAAAAUCCGCUGGACGAAAGGAUCGCUUGGUCGUAUUUCCGUGACACCGUCAAAGGACUCGAAUAUCGUAAAAUUUUCUGGGAUUUUUAUUAG